AUGGGGGGUGUUGGCAAAACUACUCUCUUAAACCAAAUCAACAACAAGUUUGCUAGUACAACCCAUAAUUUUGAUGUUGUGAUUUGGGUGGUGGUGUCCAAGGAUUUGAAACCUGACAAGAUUCAAGAAGAUAUUUGGAAAAAGGUUGGCUUUUUUGAUGAGACGUGGGCAAAAAAAAUCCCCAGUGAGAAAGCAGAAGAUAUAUUUUAUAGGUUGAGCAGAAAGAAGUUUGUAUUAUUUUUGGAUGACUUAUGGCAGAAGGUUGAUCUCAGAGACAUAGGGGUUCCUCUUGAUAGUAUUCACGACGCGUUCCUACAAAAUAUGCAGGAGAAAGUAGGGGAUAUUCCUCCGAAUAUCCUUCCUCUAGCUACAGAUGUUGUUAAGAAGUGUGGUGGAUUGCCACUGGCACUCAUCACAAUUGGCCAUGCCAUGGCUGGCAAAGAUGCAGUCCAAGAAUGGGAACAUGCUCUCGAGGUCUUAAGAAGUUAUGCCUCGAGUUUACAAGGAAUGGAAGAUGAGGUAUUUCAAGAUAUGGAGGUUGAAGUAUUUGCAAUUUUGAAGUUUAGUUAUGAUAGCCUACACAGUGAAAAAGUCAAAUCUUGCUUCUUAUACUGUUCCUUAUUCCCGGAGGACUUCGAAAUUCUCAAGGAUGAUUUGGUACAUUAUUUUGUGCUCGAAAUGGGGAUAGACUUAUUGUUCACUUGUUCGGAUAUGCCUGUGGAGAAAAUGGAAAAAUAUGUUAAAUCAAUGGAUGUGUGCCGUGACAUGACUUUCGUGGAUUAG